AUGGGUUCGCCCUCGCCAACCACAGAAGUCUCGCUCUUCAAUGACUCGACCCUCUCCGACGUCAAGAUUCGCCAAAUCUACAAAGGCAACGCCAAGGAGUACUUUGCGCACAAAGCCAUCUUGUGUGCACAAUCCAAGUGGUUCAUGCGGGCCUUCACUGGUCAAUUCAAGGAGGCCACUGCUGAUGUUAUCGAAAUGAACGACGACGACCCCGAUAGCUUCGAGCUCAUGUUGCGGUUCUUUUACACCCCAGGAGACAAGCUGGGACCGAUAUGCGAGCUCAGCGGAGGCACCAAAGACGCACCCUCAGCGGUAGACAUCCAGGAGUACCUUCUAGACCCGCUCGAGCUUUACGCCCUCGCCGAUAAGUACGAUGCUCCAGCGCUGUGCACGAAUGUCACCAGAACCUUGAGCAAAAAUCUACUGAAGGCGUGGUUGAGCGGCCCACAGUUAAGCAGUAUCAUCCGCAAACAUUACGAUACCUGUAUCACGGUUGGUAAUUCGAUGAGCGGUUGCAUCACUGCGCAUAUCAUUAAUCGUUAUAUGUCAUGGCUGGCGACAGACGAGGAAGCGUCUAUCUUGCUCAGAGAGUAUCCGACAUUCUCUGUCGACAUGAUCUUAUCACUUCGGAAAAACAGCAAGAUCGUGUUGCCUGUUCCUGCGUAA